UAUAUAAAAGAUAUUAAAAUGUGCGAGAAUAUUUUGAAAAAUAAUGUUCCGUGUGAAAAAUUACAAGAUACCUCUGCCAAAAAUUCCUCGCGAAUGUCGUCAACUGCUUCGACUCUAAAUGUCUGCUUAUCUACGGAAUCGUACGGAUGCAAAUCCAUCUCUGUUGAUGAAGAACGAAAACAGCGGAUUAUAGACAGCGAUUGGGGAGGCUACGCCUUGGAUUUAGAUUUAUGGGAGGACAGCAAAUCGCCCGUGAUACAAGUCAGAUCGAAUGAAAUUUCGUUUGAUAACAAAGAAUGUUGCGGUUUCUUAUCCGACAGAUUAAUAGGCACCGGUUUAUCCUUUUUAACAAGAUCACCUGAAAGUGGUCUUUACGUUCUCAGUAAAUGUGUCCUGAAGAACAAGAAUCUGACAGACGUCACCAUGUUGCAGUAUCAUCAUCACUUACAAUACGUUAAUAUCGCUUAUAAUAAUAUAUCUUGCUUAUCAUUUCUGGACGGCCUUCCGUAUCUGAUGUAUCUAAACGCAUCACAUAAUAACAUUGAAUACUUGCCAAAUUUCGCACUUCCUUGGUAUCUUACCUACGUAAAUUUAUCGUACAAUCACAUGACGAAUAUAGGCGAUUUGAAAAAUUGUUGGAGCAUCGUUAGAUUAAAUUUAUCUCACAACAUUAUAGAAAACAUCUCUGAUUUUGAAAAUUUAAAACACUUGCAAUAUUUAAACUUGUCCUACAAUCUCAUCCAAUGCAUCACAAAUUUGGACGGUCUGAAUAUACGGGAAUUAAAUUUAGAAGGCAAUUGCAUAACAUCAUUUAAAUCCGCUACACCCGGUAAUGGUAUAAAUACAUUGCCUCAUCUACAAGUAAUAAUUCUGGGAUACAAUAGAUUAUCCACUUUGGAAUUUUUCAAAGAUGCAUACAAUUUACGAUACGUAGAUCUAAAAUUUAAUAAAAUCACCGACCUGUUGGAAGUACUGAAUCUGAAGGGUAUGAUAAAUAAGAUCGACUUGACAGGUAACGCCUGCACGAAAUGGCCUAAUUAUCGAAACAUGCUGAUAUCCUCCAUUCCGAGCGUUAGAUUUGUCGAUGGUGUUGAAGUAUUCACGACGGAAAAAGUAACAUCGGCCAUGCUAUUCGCGUCGCCGCUGGAUUUAACAGCGGCCCGUAAAGUAGCAAAAUUAAUGUUGUUGGAGCAAUUAAAUAUCAGCAAAAUGGAUGACCAUAUUCAACCCUACGACGAGAUCUAUCCUCCUCUGGUGAUAUUAACAGGACCGGCGGCGUUGAAGAAAAUGGCACUGAUUUUGCACAUAGCUCAAACAAUUCCUGAGAAAAUAAAAUACUGCCGUUGGCAUACAACAAAAGAAAUGUGCGAGGACGAUGACGAGCUUAACGCUCAUAUUCUUAUAAACCGAGAAGAGUUUAACGAUCUGGCACGACGUGGCGAAUUUUUAGUUAUCUUAGAUCGAUUGGGUGAAAGUUAUGGUUUUCAUACGAAUCAAAUCAGUCCGUUGAUAUCUGAAAACAAAAUUGGGCUUACCCAAAUGAAUCUGUAUGCUGUAACGGAAAUGUCUAAACGAUAUCCAAACGCUCAGCCGAUUCUAGUGCUCACGCAGAGUGUAGAUCUUCACAGAGACUGGAUACGGGAGAAGUUCAAUGUCCAUACGUGGAUCAAAGAUAGUGUAGAAGAUCUGUUGGUCGUUAAAAGAAGCAAACAUCCAGAGGACAUGGAGGUAGAAACUGCCAGUUGUAUAUUACAUUUCGUCGAGGAAAUUUUGGACGAGAUAAUGCACCGUCUAGAAUUUCCAAGUUAUAGCAUUAGUAUAAAACCGCAAAAUGGAGCGACGUCGACCAACGUAAUAUUAACGAGUAAAAAGAUGUUACCGAAAGUCGUGAUACAGAGGAGCGAAUUAAUAUUGCGAGAAAAAGAAUGCAUCAAACCCAAGAAAACGAAGAUUAAUGGCGACCUUGUAAAAUUCGAUCGACUGCUCGCCGAAGAAAAACAAGCGAGAAAAGAAUUAAAAGUACUACUAGAUGAGGAUUCGAACAUUAUCAUCGAUGACAAAGAAACAAAACGUGAAAUGCUUAGGUCGAGGAUGUUGCGCCGUCGACAUUCAUUGAUAAAAAACAGACUUAAUGAUUUCGAUAAUAGCGAGCUUAGUGAAUCGGUAUCUUCCGAAGAAGAAACGGAGAUACGUCAAGAAAAGAUAAUGCAUAAAAAAGCGAGAGCAUUAAAAAAUACGUACGUUGAACUUGUUCUAAAAACUAGACAGAUGUACUUGGAUUAUCAUGAAAGUCAUCCUGGCUUUUUUACGUCGGUGUUAGUUAUGGAUGAUUAUGCAGAAGCUUUUAACUCCUUAAGUGACUUAAUUAAUGAAUUAUAUACAAGUCAAUCUUAUAGAAAACCAAUUUUUUUGUCUGAAAUAGAACAUUUUAGACAGACAAAAAUUUCCAUCGCACUUGAAAAUAUCGUUAAUGAAAUUAGAGGAAAUUUGUCAACAUCAAAACUACAACACAGUACAAUAUUAAAAAUGUAGGAAAAUAUUUAGCCAAAAUAUCUAAUAA